AUGGCCUCCUCCCUCCCCACCGAGCUCGGCAGCACCAUCCAGGCCGGCCACAUCAGAAGGCAUCCCGACCCGCGACAGGACGUUGCGCCGUCCACUGCCGCAGACAGGCGCCACCUGGUCGACCUCCACAGCGCUCGCCGCAGCGACAUUGACGUCUCCGAAGACGAAGACGACAUCCCGUACAGCGUGCUGCGGCCCCCCAAGAAGCACUACCACCUCCCUCCGCUGCCGGACCUGCGCUUCGAGCAGAGCUAUCUCCACAGCAUCGCCUCAGCAGAUACCUGGUGGAAAGUAUUGCUCAUUACCGUUAGGGACCAGGUAUUGAUGCCCUUGGCCCAGGGCGUUCUGCUGAACUUGGCACUGGUUGGGUGGCACCAUUGGAACAAGAACGCCAGAUUACAUGGCGAUUCAGUAGGCGUCCGCCUGAGGAGGUGGUGGUAUGGCGUGAACAAUUGGAAGCUGCCCAACAACCCUAAUGCCAAGAGACGUAUGUAA